GUCCAGCACCCGCCUGCACGCGCUGUACCCAAUUAUUCCUUGUGUUUCGGCUUCUCCGUGGCGCUCCUAACUUUAGCUUCUCUGGGCCCCCAGCGUCUCCGCGUCGAUUGCCCACCGAAGGUGCUCUCCUUCUGCCAUUGCCACAUUGCAAGCCGCGAGCGCGCGCUGCUCUCAGGCACGUCCUCAGCUGGUGGCGAGCCCCUGUCUGGCCCUCUAUGACCAUGUCGCCCGCUAGUUCGACACCGUCUAUACGGAUAUAUGAUUCUGCGUCUCUCCACCGCUACCCGCUGCCGCAUCACCGCCGCCCGUCCUUCCCUACCCCCUCAGGUGCCAUGGCCAUUCCGCGAGCGCGUGAAGAAGUGCCCCCGCCUUUACCUCCUCCCCGUUACAUCGGCGAGCUCAGCGAAGGUCAAGAUCCCGGCUGGCAAUGGGGUAACAGCAAUGACGCUGGCUUUGGCCGCCGAGUGGAAAUCAAGCCUGGCUCCAGCCUGCUGGGGGGAGCAGCUGGCAGCCGUCCGGUGCAUGUGCGUACACUGGAAACGUCGGGAGACAGUGGCGAACGCGGGUUUGGUUUCCCACCGCGUGAGUCCUCGUCUCUCUCUUCGCGAUCUUUUGACGACAUGAGCUCCCUGGACGACCAAGAGCAACACAGCGACGAGGACCGCAACGGCCAGACUCGGCCGAAGCUCGCGAACCACAGCGAGAGACAGCUUGGUCAGAAAGCCCUCGAAAGCUCCUCCCAUGCCUACGACAAGCAACUCCUCUCCAAGAUUGGAGGGCCUAACACUCCGACCAGAACCACAGCCCCGCCCCUUCUCUCCGCAUCUGCGCAGGAAAGCGCAACUACCACGCACACGUCCUUCAGCAAACUCAAUGGCCAACUGAAGCCGCUGUCGGUGCCCGACCACUUGCACCCCUCACUUGAUUCCCCCAUAUCGAGGUGGCCGCCGUCGGGCGCCAUUUCCCCCGGAUUUUCGGGUUUCCGGAGUCCAGUAUUUGACCCAGGAUCUGCCGACUUUCAUCAGCGAAGGUUCGGCAGCAUAUCCACCCCGGGUGCCCUGGAUGACACCGCUUCUCAGCACCAUCGCGGAAGCUACGAUCACAGCAUGUUCUUGGAGGCCGAAUUUGGGGUUGAGGAGGGCGGCAUGCGUGACCUGAAUAUCAACGACCGCAGCCCGUCAGGCUCUGAGGAGUCCCAAAUGGGGCCAAAGGCAGGGCUAAAGCGACGUGCCUCCUCGCCCCCCUCGGAAGCAGCUCGUGAAGAUCGGCCGACGGCGAGUGGCGGCAAUACUGACUUGUAUCACCGCCGCUCGGCGCAAAUGCUGGUCAGCCGCAACUCGCCAGUGUCGCGCUUCCACGCCAACCAAGGGUCCCUUUCUUCAGCCUCAUCUCUAAGUCAACGCACUGCAUCGAUUGCCUCCUCGUACGGCUUGUCUACCGCCAGCAGCGUGACCAGUUACAGCGGGGAAGUGCAGCGCCUCUCACCGAGUGCACUGUCCCCCUCGGCGGAGGCGGAAUUAGGCCCCGUUUCUCCAUAUGCAGCUAGUCGGUCACUUAAUCCCAGCCCGCGUGGUUCAUUAUCGAGACCACACCACCAACGCGGUCUCUCUGAGAACGAGCAAGCCCAAAUCCGCAAAAUGUCUACGGACAGUGUACUUCACUCCAGACAAAGCUCGGUGUCUAGCCGGCUGCCCGGCGCCUAUAUCUGCGAAUGCUGUCCUAAGAAGCCCAAAAAAUUUGACAGUGAGGAGGAACUUCGAAUUCAUGAGCUAGAGAAGCAGUACACCUGCCAGUACUGCCCAAAUCGAUUCAAGAACAAAAAUGAAGCCGAGCGUCACCAGAAUUCGUUACAUCUCCGCCGUCAUUCGUGGUCCUGCGCUGCCCUGGCAGGCGUGCGUGCGGCAUUCCACCCCUCUCCCACGCACUCUACCGUAGCCGAUAUCUGCGGUUAUUGCGGUGAGGAGUUUCCCAAUCCCGCGAAUUGGGAUGUUCGGUCCGAGCACCUUAAUCACGUGCACAAAUUCGGCGAGUGCAAUCAGGCGAAGAAGUUCUUCCGUGCCGAUCAUUUUCGGCAACACUUGAAGCACAGCCAUGCAGGCACGAGCGGGAAGUGGACUAAUAUGCUCGAGAAUGCUUGCAUGAAGGACGAACCCCCACCGAAAGACCGUGUCGGCUCGGUAGGCUCCAUUGCGGUUUCCUCUGCCAUGGGCUCCUUAGCUCCGAAACCUGGCGUUAUUGACGAAGAACAUGAUGAAUCAUGAGGCGUUUGGGGGCUUGGGAAUCGAAUUGAGUUGAGCGUAGCAUUCAAGCAUCACUGGUCGCGGACGGCAUUUCCUGCCUUGAUUUCCACAACAUUCUCGUUUCAGCGUCCUGCUGCAGAGCAUAUUUUUCAUGAUACACCGCUCUUGAAGUGGGUCAGAGCUGCCUCCAUUUUGCCCUGGAAUUUGCAUUUGCCAUGUCCUUCCUCAACAAAAUCCCCAGAGUUGCGUUGCACUGCCUUCUUUGGGCGUCAUCUUUUUUAGCUC